CAGUCCAUAGAAACGCGGGCGAUGACUACAGCUGAUCUGGGAGCGGAAGUGAUAGUAAACACACUCCCUGCUUUACAUCCGCGACGCGUUGAACACUGCCUAUGAACCGAAAGCUGUUCCACAUGUUUGUGUUUGUUAUUGACCAACGAAUAUAGUGGAUUAGAAAUGCCUGAGGACGGUUCUUGACAGAAAAUUCUGCUUUAUUUAAUGUGCACACAGUGUUGCUGGUAUUUUAAUCCUGAAGGGCACCGUGGCCUUUUGGUUAGCAGCAGCGGCAGCACUAACUAAGAGCAGAUUAUUCUUUCCUUUUUUAAGAAAUAAUGAAUAAUCUGUUAAAAGCAACAUACAGCGUUGAAUCUUGCUGCUCUUAUCUUGUUUCCUAGCGGGAGUUUAGCUGAUUUUGCUUGUCAGCCAAGCCUGACCAGUUUGACAAGUGCCCAAAACGGUUCUAAAACCAUCAAACCAGGUUGGUUUAGGCCUGCAAAAACCAGCAGACCACCUGAAGAUGGUUUAAGCUGUUUAUUAAGGCAUAUCUUAGCAAGUUAUUAAAGGCAAAUAUGCAGGCGUGGAAAACAUGUUUCAAAGUCUUCCUAGCCUCCAGCAGAACUAGGAAUAGAUGUUGUUUGGUAGGGCUGAAGGAAUUCUAUUUUACACCUUUCACACAACGUGCAGCCUAUAGUUGCACAAGAGCACUUUUCUGUCCAAGAGACAAGUCAGGUGAGAGAUUUACCUCUAGUAAACUCAGAAAGACAUUUGUAUCUAAACAGCAUAAAUAUGCUGCUAACAGAGAUGAUAAUCCCAAAUCAACAAAAACACAGAGUGGAAAAGCGUCAUCGGAGCUUCAGAAACUGAGGUUUGAGGAUUUCAGUGAGUCAGAAACCGGAAGGCUUUUGAGACGUAUCCAAAAAGAAUCUGAGCCCAAUGAAGGUAAACAGUUAGAGAUUGUGUUCGGUGCGGCCCCAUGUUUGCUGGCCCUCACGCAAAGUAGGAGGAAGCCGAGUCGUCUCUUUGUGAAGAACGGUGAGGGGCCACAGAGAGAUGUGAUUUUGAGGGUCUGUCAGGAGGCCGUCAGACGGGGCGUGCAGAUACAGAGAGUCAGUAAGCAGACACUUGACAAGAUGUGUGGCGGUAAGGUGCACCAGGGGUUGUGUCUGCAGGCAAGUCCUCUUGGGUUUAUCACUGAGGAAAGACCGAUGCCAUCUCAUGAGGUGAAGAACCACAAGGCAUUAUGGCUGGUUUUGGAUGGAGUGCAGGAUCCGAUGAAUCUUGGUGCCAUUUUGCGGUCUGCGUAUUUCCUGGGAGUGGAUCGAAUUGCCAGCAGCAUUCAUAACAGCUGUCCUCUGACGCCCACAGUGAGUAAAGCCAGUGCUGGUGUGAUGGAGGUCAUGGAGGUGUUUGGCUACAGCAACUUGAAAGAUAUGAUUAAGGCGAAAGCAGAAGAAGGUUGGCAAGUAGUUGGCACUGUUGGGUUAGAGCAAUGCAGCCCUGAAUCCGCUGUUGUGUCAUGUUCAGAUUUCAAGACGUCCAGACCUACACUCCUGUUAAUGGGUGGAGAGGGUGACGGUCUGUCUCCAGAACUGCAUCAGAUGUGUGACGUCCUGCUCACCAUUCCUCCACGCAGAAACCUGCACCCUGGGGUAGAAUCACUCAAUGUGUCUGUAGCCACAGGCAUUCUGCUGCACUCUCUUCUGUCCACACGCACAGGAAGCUGAUGAUGAUGAUGGCAACAACAACAAGGCAGCAGCAUUAUUUACUCCGGCGUCUCUUAUUAGCCCCCUACCGUGAUUAAUGACUGGAUUACUUCAUCAAUUAACAGUCUGAGAGUCUGGAGAGAGGCUCAUUGGUCAGAUAAAGAGAGGCUGUAGAUGCAUUCUGGACCAGUUACUGACUAUGACCACCUUGUUUAAGACAAGACCUGUGCUACACCUGGUCUCUAUCAUCUCAGGGAAAACAUGCUUGUAUAAACAGAUAUGUAAUCUUUAAUUAUCCACCUUCUUCAUGAAACAUGUUAAUUAGUUCAUGUGCUUAUCACUGCGAACAUUUGCCACAAGAUGAAAAUGUUCAUGUUAAUUUUAUUUUGAAUAAAUAUUGAUCUUUAUGUUUAUUGAUAUUGCUUUAAAAAUACCCAUAAAAGCUGGAGAUGUAGGUAAUGACGGUUUAUAUACUCAGUUGACUCUUUUUCAUUUAUGGAUUUGGCAGUUGCCAAAGCGACUCUCGGUGUAUUCAAGGUAUGCUAUUUAUCAGUUCACGGAUUCCCUGCGAAUCAAACCUUUGACCUUGGUGUUGCCAGCAGCAUUCUCUAUUUUUUUGAGCUACAGGAAUAUACAACUUCUUUUUAGAUGCUUGUUGAGGCUAGUGCACAUAUGUGCGAUAAUAAAGAAGCAAAUGUUACAAAUAUUUAUUAAUUGAAAGAGCUUACAAUGCACUUUAACAUUUUGGUGUUAAUGUAAGGCUUUGUAUACACUACCAUGCAAAAAAAAUAUUAAGCAUAAUAACUGUUUUCAACA